GCGCGGGCGGCCCAGCCAGCGCAGCAGCGGCGUCGGCGUGCGCGGCGGCAGGGUCAGCGGCUGCCGCGACGCAGGCCGCGCCGGAUGCCGCCGCCGCGGCCGACAAGAAUGCGCCGCAGGACUUGCUGAAGGCUUUCUUCAGCAACGCCAUGGGCCAGGACGUGGUGUCCGUCCUCGGCAGCGAGAGCGGGCUCCUCAGGCUCAAGAAGGUCUUCGACAUCUACGAGCUCAAACCCUCGCCCUUUUUUGUGCCGUUCUUCGACGAGAAGGGUCUCAGGAUGAUCUUUCGCGACGAGUGCAACCAGCGCAACCAGCAUUCGGUCAAGGAGGAGCUGAUGGCCAGCAUAUCGUCCCGCGGCCUCGUGCCAGGCGUCGCGGGAGAAGCUUGGCUCUGUUGCUCGGAAGGAGAGACGCCGCCGUACCAUGCGCUGACUUUCGGGGGGAGGUCCGACGCCGUCUACGCCUUGGCAGAGAAGGAGCCCGAGAACGAGCAGGUGAAGCUGACCCUAGCGAAUGGGCUGAUGGCACGUAGGUUCACUUGUAAGAUGCCCAAGUGGUUGCGGGCGUGGCUCCGCGACUACCACAACGCGCAGGUCUUCCAGCGCGGCAGCACCUACUCGUACGUCGAGUGCUUGAAGGAAGUUCCAGAGAUGGAGGCAAGCUUCCACGCCAGCAACCAGGGACCGACCAAGAUCACUGCGCGCUCUGGCAACUACGAGCAGGUAUAUUGGAGCCACAUCAAAGAUCGCUACGGCGACAAGUUCUCGUCGUGGUCGCAGUUCGACGCGGCCAAGACGUUGCGCAACAAGCUCCACAAGAUUGGAGUUCUCGAGGACCAUUUCCAGUGGGCGGAGAAGCACGUCGAUUUCAUGAACGUGCGCCUCUCUCAGAGCAUCGUCGUCGGCAACAUGAAUACCAUCGCGACCUUCAUCAUCCAGAAGUUCCAGGGGUACAUGUCAGCGCUCGACCUGAGGGCCCUCGUGGGCGAGGCGAUCAAGUUCGCGGUGCCGACUCGCCCGUCAAGCUCGCAGCGCAGGAUCCCCUGGGUCUUCGACAAGGGCGGGUCUGAGGUGGUGGAGAGGAUCCAGAUGCUUGCCUGCCCCAUGGAUGCCGAGAACGCUGUAUUCAAGAGGGCGGCGGCGAAGGCGAAGGCGAAGGCGAAGGUUAAGGCGAAACCAAAAGCCAAGGCCAACGCCGCCGCCCUGCCGCAGCUCGAUUCACCGCCAGAGUCCCUGGCCCUGGAGUUGGUGUGCGACGGCACGCAGGAAUCCCGGCAGAGGCGCGACUAUGCCUUCAACGGGGGCGCUUGGGAGUUGGCGGAGGCCUCGGGGCGAGCGCGGAUGUGGGCCGACGACUUGGUGCUCUGCCUGAACUUUGUAGUCUCGGACGCGUGCAAGAACCCGCAGCGCUACGAGAGUGGCGUGCUGAAAAUCAUGGGGGAGCUCAUCAGCAUCGGCCUGGAGUUCUGCUGGAUGAAGAAAGUGUUUUUCAAGAGCAACACCUGGUUGGCAUGGUCGCAGCUUCGGAAUGUCCUCCAAGUGGCCGCCCGAGAGUCCUCUGAGAAACUGGUUCUGUGGGCCGAGAGCGAUGAUGUUCAGGAUCCAGCUGCUGCCGUUGCCGAAGAUGGCAGUGGUGACGCGCAAGUCGACUCGAUUCCCAGCCCCAACGCCAUCCUCCAGCAGCUGGUGAACGACAGCACGGGCGCUGUAGACCCACAGACGAGGAUGCAGCAGGCGAUCGAGGAGAAGUUCGGCACCGAGUUCCGGGCGCUCAACGAGUUCGUCAUUGCCAACAAGGCCCUCUUGAGGAAGGUCAACCUGCAGCCUUUCUACACCAAGCUCCUGAACGACGUCGUGGAGUUGCUGGAUGGCCCGAACAUCUCCUUGGGGGCGUUCGUCGCCAACAUCGGGGCUGGGGCGACCCCGGGGCAGCUCGCGUAUCUUAGGGAGGAGGAAGAGGAUGUGGAGGUGAACAGCUUGGGUGUGUUCACAGUGUCCUGCAUGGACAUGAUCGUGAACGUCUUCGCCCACGUGAACGACACAUGUGAGAUGCCGACGCCGUUCGACAGUCUGUGCAAGGCUGGCGCGACUGACUUGGUGAAGUUGUUGCACUUCCGCGGCGAGCUCACGAUUUGCCUGAUGAAGGACGCCAUCGUUUCGAAGCCCAUCGUGGAGUUCGCAGCCAACGCCGACCACGAUGCGACGGCCAUCCACGCCUCGACUGUGCACGGGUUUCUGGCUAAGCUGUCGGACAAAGACACAGCAGAAGUUUGCGGAGCCGAUGCGCUUCAGAGGGGCCCGAGCGAGUGGACUGCCUUCUGGGAUGUGCUUUUGAAGGGCGGAGUCGGGGGAGGUAAGAUCUCGUCGCUGUUGGGCUUGGCCCCGAACACCAGGAAGUUGAAGCGGGAGAAGAGCAUCCGGGAGAGCCCUGGCCACGCGGCGCAUGCGGUUGCGACUGCUGCCGCUGGAGCCGCGGCGCAGGACGGCACCGCCUGUAUGAUCACGCUCGCGGACGUCUACGGCGGCGCCAUGCCAGUUGACGCUCUCUCGGCAGGCCAUCCACUGGCCGCGAAGAUGACCGCCCCAGCCCUGAAGCUCCUGGAGUCGCAGCUCACCAUGCAAGUGUGGAAGCUGCACAACAUGUCCCUGCAGCUCGAUUGCCAGGAGCGUUCGCCCGCCGCCUCGAUGAUGCUGGAUGUGUCUGGCCAGAAGCAGCCCAAGACUGCGUGCUUGCAGAGUGCGGAUUGCGAUUUCCUGUUCGCCGCCCCCGUGACAUUCGUGAGGGGCAGGUCCAACCACAUGCCGCUCUGUACCAUGUUCCAGGGCAACAUCGAGUUCUUCUUGAAUGGCAGCUCGGUGAACUCGCACACGAGCGACAUGAUCGUGCCCGCCUGGGGGGUCACUGUGGUUGAGAAGGCUGCGGAGGCCAACGUCCAGGUGCUGUACAUCGUCCAGACGGCCUUCCUGGCCCCGAACCUCAACAUCAUUUUCUGCGACAUGGAUAUCCUCGCCCAGUCAGACUUCGAGAAUCCCGGCGACGACCAGGAGCAGCAGUCGCAGAAGAAGAAGAAGGUUGAGCAGCCGCAGCCGCCCGUCAAGAAGCAGAAGGCCGCGGGGCUCGAGCCCCCCGCCGCUUUGGCGGCAGAGGUGGAGCCAGGGCCCAACGUUGCCGAUGCGGAUCACAAGCUCAUCGCAAGCUUGGCUGGAGCCACCGCGCCGCCGCCAAGUCACGAGGAGCAGGUCGGCCACUACGAGCUCAAGAUUUGCAUCCCCUUCGUGAGGCACGCUGCCAAGACAGGCCCUGCCCCGGGCGCGGCGCCCGGGCCGGCCCUCGGGCUGAGGCGCGCGGCCACGCCCGACGAGGUCGAGGCGAAGCGCCGCUUGCGCGCCGCAGCGGCCGCUGCUUCUCAGCCCGGGAUGGGCGACGCUGCGGCGUGCGGCAGCACUACAGGCUCGGUGAUCGCGGCUGCCCGCGGGAAGCUGAGCACCGCGUCGGCCCCGUCCAAGGACGACGGGACCACGAAGGCGUUCAAGGCGACGUGCAAGCACCUGACUAA